UUAAAGUAGCUGGUAUUGAGGUGCCUAAUCGCCCCCAAUCCCUCCAAUAACCGCACAGGACGAAAGUGGCGCGGAGUGCUGCGUCACCGUAACCGUCAUUUUGACUGCCUUGGGCCAGACAAAGCAAUCCACUUACCACUGUUAGCGCCACAAACCACCACCACCACAUCUCCUCCACCACCAACAACACCGCCUGCGCCUGAGCCUGCGCUAAGUCUCACUCUCUGUGCGACCAUUUCUCGCUCGAAUUUCGAGUGAGAUUGUUAAUUGCUACACCACCCACCACCACCUGCCUCUCCAUCCCCCUUCCAUUAUCUCAGCAGACAGUAUGUCUGUCCCUCCCUUCAAAGUCAAAGCUGUCUUUGAUUACAAGUCGGAUGAACCGGACGACCUCAGCUUUCCCACCGGUCAGAUAAUCACCGUCACCGAUGAUGAUGACGCCGACUGGUAUACCGGCGAAUAUGAUGCUGCUUCCGGUGAGAAACUGCAAGGCAUCUUUCCCAGGAACUUUGUCGAGAAAUACGAACCCACUAUUCCCACUCGACCAGCACGAGCACCCAAACGAGCACCUGCAUCAGAACCGACAGAAGACGUCGUAGACCACCCCGCACCACAACCUCCUCCUUCCCAAGCAGCCUCUAUCAUAAAACCCCAGGAAGAAAAAGCAGACUCGACAAAUGCCUCUGUCGAGUCGGCUAAAGAAGAACCUCCCAGCUCCCCACUUGCCCCUGCUAAGGCCCCGGCUCCUGUUCCCAAGUCUCCUCCAGCUGCUGCCAAACCAGCUGGCAGCAAGGCCCCUCCUCCAGUGGCCGAGAAACCAUCUUCUAGCUCUUUUAAAGAUCGAAUAGCUGCCUUCAACAAGCCGGCAGCUCCCCCUGUUUCAUCGUAUAAGCCGUCCGGCGCGGGUUCCAACUCUAAUUUUGUUAAGAAAGCAUUUGUCGCUCCUCCACCUAGCAGAAAUGCCUAUGUUCCACCCCCCAGAGAACCACAACCUCAGAAAAUCUACCGCCGUGAAGAGGAUCCUCAGAUGCAGGAUCAAGAACCAGCCGAACAGAAAGAGGAUUCUUCCCUGAGUCGAGCCGAGCCAACAGAAGACGAACCUAAACCCCAAAGCUUAAAGGACAGAAUAGCCGCUCUACAGAAGCAGCAGCUCGAGCAGGCUUCGAGGAACUCUGAAAAGAAGGAGAAACCCAAGCGACCGCCCAAAAAGCGAGUCGACUCCGCUGAUGACGUGGAGCAUGUUCCUGCACCAGAACCAGGUCUGUCCAAAGUCGGGACCAACGAGGCUACAGGCCCUACUCCCGGCGAUUCUGUCCCAGAUGAUACUGAACCACCACCUGGGCCUCCAAUUCGUCGAACAUCCACAGCUCAAAGCGUAAUACCACAGCCACAACCUUCCAGGGAACUGGUGAGCGACACUAAUGAUGCUGAUGACUCCGGGGCAGGCGACGAGGAAGAUGGGCAAGAAACCUCAACUGAGGAGGAACGACCCAAAUCGAAAGGUGUCGACAGGUCUAACACCGGCCUUGCAAGACAAAAGUCAAUUGAACCAGAACAACGCGACGAUGCCGAAGAAGAGGACGAAGAGGAUGAAGAAGAAGAUGAGGACCCAGAAAUUCGACGACGGAGAGAGCUGAGGGAGAGAAUGGCCAAGAUGAGUGGUGGCAUGGGCAUGAUGGGCAUGUUUGGCCCACCAGGAGGGAUGGGACCUCCCCCUGCUCGCAAACAGAAGCCAUCCGCUGAAAGUGGUCGGCUGAGCUCUGAAAGUCAUCAGCAUGCAGACACCGAGGAGCGAGCUCCUCCAGUUAGGAUCAUGGCGCUUCCUGGCAUGGCCACCGCAGCCAUCAAGCGACCAGACGACACAAACGAUGAAAGUGAUCAGGACGAGACGGCACGGCCAACCCCUCAGGAGACUGUUGCUCCCGGCGAGACCAAUGACUAUAUCUCGCAACCAUUGCAGAGACGCUCAACGGAUCGUGCUGCACCUCCCACUCCGCAUGACCGAGCUGCCCCCCCUCCGCCACCACGCGAUACUAGAGCUGUCCCACCCCCUCCUCCCACGGCGUCAAGACCAGUCCCCCAGGCUCCUCAGUCUCCAAUUUCUCGUUCCGCCCCCCCUGUUCCGCCCACACCUGUUGCUUCCUACCCCGAAGGCGAAAAUGAGAGUGAAGAUGACAAGGAAUCCGACAUUCCUUCAGCACCUCAAUCGCCUCUUGCAGACGGACCUACAAGCCCACCACUAGGAGCCCCGCCGCCGCCCAAGAGAACUGAUGCACCACUGCCCUUGGACACCACGGAGAAAACGAUCGCUCCUACUGAAGAUAAGCGGGCUAGUCGGCCUCCGCCGCCGGUUCCGCAAAGCCCCGCCUCACCUCAGACGAGAGCACCUCCUCCGCCACCUCCCGGGCAACCUCCCGUGCGGCGCUCUACCUCUGAUUCGCGAGGAUUUGCUGCAACCAAGGCCCCCGGAGAGGAGGAGAGCGAAGAAGACGAGGUCACAGAAUAUGAUGGUGACUAUGACACCGAUAUCGCCUCAAGCGCAAAACACAAAGACGCACUGAAAGCACACAACCGAGACUCGAGCCUCGAAGAUGGCGUCCUUACAGAUGACGCCUUGAAGUCAUCCAAAAACGCCCCGACUCGUGCUGUGCCUCCACUACCACCAGUCGCCGCCCCACGUGACCUCCCGCCGCCACCUCCUCCGUCAUCAGCACCGAAAUCAAGGAAAUCUCUGGAUGCUCCACGGGUAGCGCCACCGCCGGUGCCUCCCCCAAAGCUACCCGAGAACCACGAUGAGGACUACGACCCUUACCGAUACGAUCCUCCUCCACAAAGCGCUUCAAGGGCUCAGUAUACUCAGAUGCUGCAAUCGCCUCAGGAAGAAGUCGAAGAGGAAGAUCUUUAUGGGCCCCCAUCACAAGCUCCAUCUUCUCAUCCGCCGCCGCCUCCACCAGCAGAUAGAAGCGCUCCACCACCGCCCAACCUGCAGCCAGAUUACUAUCCUCCACCGCCACCCCCUUCCUUUGCACCCCCAGGACAGCCAGAUGCCAACAAGGUAUCACUUGAUGUCAAAAGGUCUGCUACGGUGUCACGGCGGUCGAUGGACCAGUCGCGCGCUACUGGUGAACAGGGAUACAUCGCCCGUGAUAUUGAUCUCGGAAAAAGUAGUGGAUGGUGGGCUCAACACAACCUCCCUCCCCCAUCAUUGCAGAACCGAACAGACGUUCUCUACGAAAUCGAGACAUCAUCGAAUUCAAAGCGUGGUGGCAAGUCCACAAUCUCGAAAGAUGUUUAUGUGCUCUACAUAGACUAUUCUUCCACCACCAUCAAUGCCAGCUUUGACAGCGCCGACCCAAGCCAUGUGGUAUUUGAACAAAACCACGAACGCCCCCCUCCUCCACCCAGGCGUGAUCAACUAGAAACGGCGUCUUCACAAUUCGGCGCCCAAAUUGCCCGAGCUGCAAACAGUCUGGCAGGUUCAGCAGUUGCAGAUGGCUCUGGCCAUGCCUUUGUUCUCGAGCUUCUUAGACCUCACAAGACAGCACUCCUGCCCAUCGGCACCCGUGCAUAUGGUGCGCUUGUCUAUGCUAAUCUUGGCAAUGCAUCGACACAGCAGUUUGAUGAAAUUCGAGCUGGUGACAUUGUGACCUUCCGCAAUGCCAAGUUCGCCGGGCACAAAGGGGGCUUGCACGCCAAAUACAGCAUGGAUGUCGGCAAGCCGGAUCAUGUUGCUGUGGUAAUUGACUGGGAUGGGACGAAGAAGAAGAUUCGUGCGUGGGAGCAAGGACGGCAGGAGGAGAAGGGUAAGAAGCCAAAGGUCAGAGAGGAGAGCUUCAAAGUUGGCGACCUAAAGAGUGGAGAAGUCAUGGUCUGGAGAGUAAUGCCGCGAAGCUGGGUUGGUUGGGAUAAGUUGACGUGAUGCGUCAAUGCCCGCGAAUCAAUUCUGUGAAGGUCAUUCCACAUUGCAUCCCUACUCAUACAUCCUGUGAGAUUCCUUCUAUGGUGUGAAACUAUAUGCAGCUGGAUGCCUAUCUGUGAAGGGCAGCUCCAAUAAUUCAAACGGUAGAGGGUCUGGAAGGACCCGGGAGAUUAAAACAUAAAGGAAGAAGUUCAAAGUCACUGUUGAUGAUGACCUUUGGACAAUGAAUAGAGCCACAUAGCACACACACACACACAGUCUUAGAUUGCCAGUGAGGAGUAGAUAUCGGCAGAUACAGGACUUGAGUUCAUGAAUAGAGAAAAGAC